AUGACUGAAGCGGCAUCGUUGCUGUUUGGAAAUAUAACAAACGCUGAGCGAGGCUUGGACGCGGCGCGGAAGGACGCUCAGUCGCCUGUCCAUCUGUCCUCUGCGGAGAAGCGAGUCAACACCAUAUACGAGCAGGCUCGGAGUAUUUACGAGCACAUCAAAGAUCCCUCAAAAGACACCCACAGCCUCGUCCCGAUGCUGGACUCCGCCCUCUUAACAGUCGAGCAGUUCCUCGCCUCGCUCGCGAUGAAGAGCAAGAUCUCGACUUUGAACAGCUGCAAGCUCGACGAGAUAGGCGUGCAGCUGUGGAACCUCGCUACUGUUUUUAGUCAUGAAGCUGCUGAGAGGGAAGAAGGAGGAGGAGCAGAGAUGCAGGUGCUCUGCACUGUGCGUGCGUUUGCGUGCCUGCUUAUCGAGUGCUGCGAACGACUUUCGAAAGGCGCGGGCGCGGAUCUACGAGUUUUCAAGGCGUAUUUGAAAGCUAUGAAAUCCUGUCUUGAUAACGAUGCGAUCGAGGCGCUGAUGAAGCUGUUGACGCGCGUGCCGAAAAUAUACGACGCGGCGGUCGCGAGUCAGGAGCAGGUUGUCGAUAAGCAGGCCGGGUUCCUUGUCAAGGUGGAGUAUUGCGUUAUUAGGAUCUAUGCCGCAUGGAAGACAGGAAACUACGAGCUCAUGAUUACCUGGUACAGCAAACUGCCGACGACGACAUCGCACACAGUUCCGACCCGAAAACUCGAAUACCUUGUCAAGAUCCUAUCCACCAUCGGCACCGAAUUUGCCCGCAGACACGACUCUGAGCGCGCCGAGUCCUGGCUCGAACACGCGCUAUCUCUGUUUUCGCUCGCUAAUUCGCGCGAUGAGGAUGAGCCGUCAGAGGCUUUGCUCGAGCUGAAAUACAACAUCUCGCGGAAUCUCGUGAGAGCGUAUUGCAGUGGUAGCGACGGGGCGAGACUUGAGAAGGCGAAGCGGGUGCUGCAGAGCAUGGAUGAUGAGUACCCGAGCACGAUUUGGUCGCUCGUGCUUAAGUUUGAGAUUGCAGUGAAAGAGGGCGCGUCGGCUGAGACUCUUUCCGAUAGUAUCAUGCAAAUGAUCUUUAUCGGCAACCUCGACGCAACUUCGUUCCCAAUCAUCAUGUCCAAAAUCCGAAGUCUCUCAGAGCUGCACCCUCUCCACGCCUGCAAAGCUCUAGACUACCUGCUAACCAAAAAGCUAUCGUUUGAGAAAAACGUCGAGUGGACGCACCGUGUGCUUCUCAGUCGCCUGGCUAUCGCAGCACGGCUUGGGGCGUCUGGUGAAUCUAUCGCCGGUCUUGAGAAACUUUUUGCGGAAUUGGAACGACUGUUGCCAGAGGCGUUACCCACAAACGUGGUAAACAGUGGGCAGAGUAUCAUAUGGAGCAUUGCAGCAAGCUGCUUUGCGCGCUCCGAAUACCAAACCGCAAACUCCUGGUUCGCACUCGCAAUCAGCUCCGUCUUUGCCAACGGCGGCGAAAUCAACCGCACGAAAAUCAUACGGAAGAUGAUGCUGUGUGAAGUUCACCUGCAAAACUACGAGCACGCGCUCGAGCUCUACACCAGUCGCAUGCCGGCGUCGGCGAAGGAGGCGCCGUUGACGCAGUAUUUGCUGUUUAAAACUGCGCUUGGGAUGUUUGACGAUUCGCUAGACCGGAUAUGCAACUCCCCGACCACGGACUGCAAGAUCCUAUCCGCUUGCGCAAUGGAAGCGCAAGAGCGCGACAACAAGCAAGUCACCCUCGCCGCCAUGAAACUCAUUCUCCAAAAGAUAGGCCAAGAAGCCACCGCACCCACCAGCGGCUCACAACCCGGUCGCGAGUCCGUGUCGGUGCAUAUCCCCGCCCUUCUCCGCUGCGUUAUCCGGCUCAUCAUCCUCGAUGGCGAGAAGAACCCUGGUGACGGCGGUGAAGAUGGUGCAGCGCGAUCGGACGAGAGACUGGAGCAGCUGUGUCGCUACUUUGAAAACUCGUACGAUAUGGCGAAGCAGUCGCGCGGCUGGAAAUUCAAAGACCCAGCCUUCUCGUUCGACCAGGCAGAGUACGAAUGGUUCUCGCGCACGGCGUAUAACACCGCGCUCAAGUUUUGCAAGACGUGGCCUGCGGAGUGUACCUUGCGACUGUCGGAGAUCUCGCUGAAGUUUUUGGCGCUGUAUGAGCAGGUUGUGAAUGGCGGCUGCGACGGAGCGGUUGUGUGGCAGACUGUGGCGGCGAAGUUUCUGGCUACGUCGGCGUCGAUAUAUCUUGCGCGUAGCAGGCAUGUUAUUGUUGAGCAGCAGGAGUUGUUCCAAGCUACAUUGCGGCAUACAAAAGAGUUUUUGUCGAUCGCGUCAAAAUACCUAACUCUGCUCGCCGACGACGAUGCUGAGCUUGAAACCAAAAACCUCGAGGUACAAGCAAAGACAGCCGCUGUUCUCUCGUUCCAGUUCGAAUCCGCGGUUAAUCUCGAGCUGUGGAGUACGUUGCCUGAAAUCGUAGAGUCAGUGAUCGAUCUUGUGGGGAGCUACGCCAGUCAGCUGCAGGGUGGUAGUCAGUCUGCGCCGCGGAAUUUGCAGAGUCUGAAGAUAUACGAGAGUUUGAUUGAUAUCUUGCUGUCGUCGCGGGGUCCGACUGAUGACGUUCUGCAGGUUCUACAGCUCAUAAUGCGCUCAGUCCUCGCCGACGCCGGCAAAGAUAUCGCGAAACUGUCGCGGUGGAUCCGCUGUAUCCUGACGAUCGCGCUUCCGCGCCGCGCGUCCGUCGCCGAGGAUAUAAUUAACCAAGUACGCGUCAAGCUGAGCGAGGAGUUCAAGGAGCGGUAUCCGGCGGAGGAGAUUCAUUGGCUUGCUACUACGUGCUGGAACUUUGGGAUUGAUCUGUAUUGCUCAAGCGAUCUAUCAGGCUGCAAACACUGGCUCGGAAUCGCGAUCCAGCUCGCCGGUCAUUUAUCUCCAGUAAUGGCAUCUCAGAUGCUUUCGAAAUAUAACACGAUAUAUAAUCCCUCAAGCACAACCGACCACGACACUUAA